AUGGCGGAAGCAAGCAAGGCGAUCAACCCGAUGAAGGAGCUUAAGGUUGACAAGCUCGUCAUCAACAUCUCUGUGGGAGAGUCCGGUGACAGGCUGACUCGUGCCUGCAAGGUUCUGGAGCAGCUUACUGGCCAGACUCCGGUCACUUCCAAGGCCCGCUACACUCUACGCGGUUUUGGUAUUAGGCGUAACGAGAAGAUCGCAUGCCACGUCACCAUCCGUGGACCCAAGGCUGAGGAGAUCCUCGAGCGUGGCCUCAAGGUUAAGGAGUACGAAUUGAGGCGAAGGAACUUCAGCGACACUGGUAACUUCGGCUUCGGUGUUACUGAGCACAUUGACUUGGGCAUCAAGUACGAUCCGUCAAUUGGUAUUUUCGGUAUGGACUUCUUCAUUUGCAUGACCCGUCCGGGCGCUCGCGUCGCCAAGCGCAGGCAGCAGGUUUCACGGGUUGGUGCACCACACAGGGUCAGGAAGGAGGAGACCGCCGCUUGGUUCAAGCAGCGCUUCGACGGUAUCAUUGCCCACUAA